ACCUACACGUUGUUGAGGGGGGCGGCGCUAGUCCACACAGUAGUUUCUGGAAGGAACCUCAUGCUUGCAACAUGGAGAAAGUGUCUGCAUUGAAAGACCAAGGCAACAAAGCACUGAGUGCAGGAAAUAUUGAUGAGGCGAUACGCUGCUACACUGAAGCUGUGACGCUUGACCCCAAAAACCAUGUCCUCUUCAGCAACCGCUCAGCUGCCUACGCCAAAAAAGGCAAUUAUCAAAAGGCUCUCGAAGAUGCUUGUGAGACCAUCAAGAUAAAGCCAGACUGGGGCAAGGGUUACUCCCGUAAAGCUGCGGCACAGGAAUUUCUUGGACGACUCGAGCAUGCAAAAGCGACGUACCAAGAGGGCAUCCGGCAUGAGCCAAACAAUCAGCAGCUGAAGGAGGGUUUACAGAACAUUGAGGCCCGCCUCGCAGAAAAAUCAAUGAUGAACCCUUUCGCCAUGCCUAACAUGUAUCAAAAGCUGGAGAAUGAUCCUCGAACCCGUGAGCUCUUGGCAGAUCCAAGCUACAAAGAGCUCCUGGAGCAACUCAGGAGCAACCCGUCGGCGCUUGGCACGAAGUUACAAGAUAAAAGAGUGAUGACCACACUCUCUGUGCUGCUGGGACUAAACUUGUCCGGAAUGGAUGAAGAAGACGAGCCCACUCCUCCUCCUCCUACUUCUACUACCACCAAACCUAAAGAGACACAGCCUCCCCCUUCUGUAAACGAAGACCUUCCUGAGAACAAGAGAAAUGCAUUGAAAGAAAAGGAACUUGGGAACGCUGCCUAUAAGAACAAGGACUUUGAUACCGCGCUGAAACAUUACGAAGAAGCGAUCAAGCACGAUCCUACCAACAUGACUUAUAUUUCAAAUCAAGCUGCCGUGUACUUCGAGAAGGGGGAUUUUGAGAAGUGCAGGGAGCUCUGUGUGAAGGCUAUUGACGUGGGCAGAGAGAACCGAGAAGACUACAGACAAAUCGCCAAGGCACUGGCCAGGAUUGGCAACUCCUACUUCAAGCAAGAAAAGUACAAAGAAGCGGUUCAGUAUUUCAACAAGAGUUUAACUGAGCAUCGCACCCCUGAUGUCUUGAAAAAGUGUCAACAGGCAGAGAAGAUCCUGAAAGAGUUGGAGAAACAAGCCUACAUUAAUCCCGAUUUAGCGCUGGAGGAGAAGAACAAGGGAAAUGAAGCCUUCCAGAAGGGAGACUAUCCUCUCGCCAUGAAACAUUACACUGAGGCCAUCAAAAGAAACCCAAUCGAUGCAAAGCUCUUCAGUAACCGAGCUGCCUGCUACACUAAGCUGUUGGAGUUUCAACUUGCCCUGAAGGACUGUGAGGAGUGCAUCACACUUGACCCAACAUUCAUUAAAGGCUACACACGCAAAGCAGCUGCUUUGGAAGCAAUGAAAGAUUUUUCCAAAGCUAUGGAUGUGUACCAAAAGGCUUUGGAGCUUGAUUCUUCUUCAAAGGAAGCCACAGAAGGGUUACAGCGCUGCAUGAUGAGUCAGGCAAUGAGGAACGACAGUCCUGAGGAAGUAAAGCAAAGAGCCAUGGCCGAUCCCGAGGUGCAGCAGAUUAUGUCGGACCCCGCCAUGCGCAUGAUACUUGAGCAAAUGCAGAAGGACCCUCAGGCGCUCAGCGACCACUUAAAGAAUCCUGUCAUUGCAAAGAAAAUUCAGAAACUCCUGGAUGUCGGACUCAUAGCCAUUCACUGAUGUGACACAAGCCAAGAUAAGAAGAAACGCCCCAAAAAGGGGAACAAAAUGCAAAAUAUCUCUAAAUAUUACAUUGUCUUUUUUUGUCAAAAUUAUGCUCCGUGGUCUCAUUUAACAGUGUUUUUUUUACGUUUUUUUCAAGUCCUGACUUUUUUUUUUGUUGUUUUUUUUUGCCAGUUUGACACCAGAUUCAUGAGGAUGUGCCCAAAUCAAAAGAUGGAUGGACAUCUUACUAUAUACUGUAUCAGAUCCAUUGGUGUUUUAAAGCACGUGACUCGCUGUAAAGCAGAGUAUGUUUUUCCCUUAACGCAAGAAAAUUGAGAAUAAUUUUCACAGUCACAUGUCAGUCACAAAUUGGAGUUGUUUGUUUGCUGUGAAUGGCUUGACUAAACACGGUGCUUCAAAAUUAAAGAAUCAAUGGGUUUGCCUCUACCCCCCCUUUUUUUUGUCAUCUCUUUAACGUCAGCUGGAUCCACCGAUCUCUAUAAUGGGUCUAUGUUGUAUGAUUGUGGACAACUUAUAUCACUUUGGACUCACUUAAAUAUCAGCUGUUCAAAUGAUUAAAAUUAAUACAG